GAUCCCACUACCUUCAAAUCCCACCCCUUCAUUUCACUGUCACAAGAACAACUAUGUAAUUUCAGUCCCCACCUCUUCUAUCAAUAAAUAACUGCCACGCCCCUUUUCCCUCCCAAGCCCUUCAAGGAGAGUCAUCGGUGGUUACAGAAUUUGCGUUCUUCCUAAUUUUCCCCUAGGCGCUAACCUAGCCAGAGCCAACAUGCGUGAGAUUCUUCACAUUCAGGGAGGGCAAUGUGGGAACCAAAUUGGAUCAAAGUUCUGGGAAGUUGUAUGUGAUGAACAUGGCAUUGAUCCCACCGGCCAGUACACCGGAAAUUCUGAUUUGCAGCUGGAGAGGGUCAAUGUGUACUACAAUGAGGCCGGUGGCGGCCGGUUUGUGCCGCGGGCGGUGCUCAUGGACCUUGAGCCGGGCACCAUGGACAGCAUCCGGACUGGUCCCUUUGGCCAAAUUUUCCGGCCGGAUAACUUUGUUUUUGGGCAGUCUGGUGCCGGAAACAAUUGGGCGAAGGGACACUACACGGAAGGCGCAGAGCUUAUUGAUUCGGUCCUUGAUGUUGUGAGGAAGGAGGUUGAGAAUUGUGACUGUUUGCAAGGAUUUCAAGUAUGUCAUUCUCUUGGAGGUGGAACGGGGUCUGGAAUGGGAACUCUGCUCAUUUCAAAGAUCCGAGAAGAGUACCCAGAUAGGAUGAUGCUUACAUUUUCAGUCUUCCCGUCUCCAAAGGUAUCCGACACAGUUGUAGAGCCUUACAAUGCAACGCUUUCUGUUCAUCAGCUGGUGGAGAAUGCCGAUGAGUGUAUGGUGCUUGACAAUGAAGCACUCUAUGAUAUCUGCUUCAGAACUCUCAAGCUCGCCACCCCAAGUUUUGGGGACUUGAAUCAUCUGAUCUCUGCAACAAUGAGUGGAGUAACUUGCUGCUUGAGGUUUCCGGGCCAGCUGAACUCAGACCUUCGAAAGCUAGCCGUGAACUUAAUCCCAUUCCCUCGACUUCACUUCUUCAUGGUGGGGUUUGCUCCUUUGACCUCCCGCGGAUCGCAGCAGUACCGGGCACUGACUGUCCCUGAGCUGACGCAACAAAUGUGGGAUGCCAAGAACAUGAUGUGCGCGGCUGAUCCACGGCACGGCCGUUACCUCACAGCAUCGGCCAUGUUUAGAGGCAAAAUGAGCACGAAAGAAGUGGAUGAACAGAUAAUAAAUGUGCAGAACAAAAACUCUUCCUACUUCGUGGAGUGGAUCCCAAACAAUGUCAAGUCUAGUGUCUGUGACAUCCCUCCAAAAGGGCUCUCAAUGGCUUCGACUUUCAUUGGGAAUUCAACCUCUAUACAGGAGAUGUUCCGGAGAGUAAGCGAGCAGUUUACAGCCAUGUUUAGGAGGAAGGCCUUCUUGCACUGGUAUACCGGAGAAGGAAUGGAUGAGAUGGAGUUUACUGAAGCGGAGAGUAACAUGAAUGACCUUGUUGCGGAGUACCAACAGUACCAGGAUGCUACAGCUGAUGAUGAGGAUGAUUAUGAAGACGAUGAUGGAGGCACUGAGAGCUGAAGGUGUUCGGCCAGCUUGCUGCUCCGAAUGUUCUCUGCAGCAAUAAAUCAUUAAGUUCGAAUUUCUAAAAUUAAGUGAUUUGGUAGCUUUGUGGCAGCAGCCUCUGCCUUGGCCUUUUGUAUUGGGCUUCUUUAUAUCUUAUUAUUAUGAUGAGCAGAUUUGGAUGA